AUGGCAUUCCUUUUAAAAGAUUCACCAGAAUGCGCUAAAUCUGAACUUAAUUUAUUUACAUUACCUCCAACCCAAACAGUUAUAGAAAGAGGACAAUGGAUAGAAUUUCAUCCCCUUGCGAAUGUGACAGAUGGAAGUCCUGUCGAAUUCAAUGUCGCGGGUAGUGGUGACGACUAUUUGGAUUUAUCUCAAACUCAGUUAUAUGUCAAAGUUAAAAUUUUAAAAAGCAAUGGCGCCUCGGAAAAGAUGAUAAGCAAUAACACUUACCCUUACAGAGCCAUGAUAGAAAAACUACUUAAUCAUGGUUUUGAUACGAAAACUUCUCAAUUAUCAUCAGAAUUAUAUUUUAAAGAUACUGCGGGUCGUAUGAAUGUGUUUGAUACCACUGAUAAGCAACCUAAUGAGGGAUUCAAUAAACGCGCAGAAAUAUUUAAACUUAGUGCUACAGUGGAUAUGAUUGGACGGUUACACCUAGAUAUGUUUCAUCAAGAAAGACUUUUGUUGAACAUGGUCGACAUGAAAAUUAAACUUAUCCGCAGCAAACCGGAAUUUUGCUUAUUGGGAGAAGAGAAUUUUAAAGUGUCGUUGGAACAUGUCUCACUAUUUGUACGCAAAGUGCGAGUCAGUCCAGGUGUAAUUUUAGGACAUGCAAAAAGUUUAGAAAAAGCGACAGCAAAAUAUCCUAUCAACCGAGUGCUUUGCAAAGUGUAUUCUAUUCCAUCAGGAAAUAUGAGUUUGUCCAAGAUACACAAUCAUAUCAAUUUUAUUGGCAUUUACGUAGAUGGGCAACCUGUGCCUCAUAAUCCUCUUCAACCUGAUUUUAUGAAUAAAACCUUCAUUCGUGCCUAUCAGAAUUUAUUUACCAAUGCUGAAAACCGGGGAUUGUAUCUUUCGAGAUCAGAAUAUCCAGAAGGAUAUUGUUUAUUUCUUUUCGAUCUAUCACCUGAUUUGUGUGAUGGGUCUCAUUUGAAUUUAGUGCGUCAUAGUAAUUUGAGACUGGAGGUAAAAUUCGGUUUUCCUCUGCCAAUAACAACAUCGGUAAUAGUCUAUGCAGAAUUUGAAAAUUUAAUAGAAAUCAAUAAAUCUAGAAAUAUCAUCUACGAUUUUGGUAACUAA